AUGGAUAACUUCAAGAACCUCAACUUGGGGCAGACCUUCAGCGGGUUUGGGAGUACCGUUGGCUCCUUGGGGUCGCAGUUCACCCCAUUUGCCUCCCGUACCUUCCAGUCGACCAAGGAGAUGCUGGGUCAGACAGAAGAUAAGACCCAGCUCCCGCCCGACUACAUCGACCUCGAGAAGCGUGUCGACGCCCUGAAGCAGGUCCACCAGAAGAUGCUGGCUGUGACCAACCAGUACUCGAAGGAGGCCUACGACUACCCCGCCAACAUCAGCGAGACCUUCAACGAUCUUGGCCGCACCGUCAGCGAAAAGGUCUCCCUCCUAUCUUCGGCCUCGUCACCCGCCGAGGCCCAGGCCGCCCUGACCGCCCCCCCUUCCGCGAAGCCUCAGCCCAAGACGUUUGCCCACGCCAUUGCCCGCGCCUCCCUGGCUAGCAGCCAGCUCUUGCAUCAGCAGCACACUGGGACUGGCGAUGACCCACUUGCAGCCGCCCUCGAGAAGUUUGCCCUGGCCGAGGAGCGAGUCGGCGAGGCCAGACUUGCCCAGGAUGCCCAGAUCCAAAGCCGGUUCCUGGCGGGAUGGAACACCACCCUGAACACCAACAUCAUGUUCGCGACGCGGGCGCGCAAGGGCGUCGAGAAGUCGCGUCUGACUCUGGAUGCAGCCAAGGCCAAGGCCAAGGGAAACACAUGGAAGAUCCCCGUGCCGGCCGUCGCUGCCGCCCAAAGUCCCAGGGCUGACUCCCACGAGGAAGCCGAGAUCAGCCCCGAGGCUCAGGAGGAGAUCGAGAAGGCCGAGGACGAGUUUGUUACACAGACCGAGGAGGCUGUCGGUGUGAUGAAGAACGUCCUCGACACACCUGAGCCGCUCCGCAACCUUGCUGAGCUCAUUGCCGCACAGAUGGAGUACCACAAGAAGGCGUACGAGAUCCUCAGCGAGCUUGCACCCACCAUCGAAGGAUUGCAGGUCGAGCAGGAGGCUAGCUACCGCAAGAGCCGUGAAAGCACAUCCUAG